AUGGUGGGCAAGAAAAGCGGAAAGGCACUCCUGCGGGAGGAAGGCCUGGAAAGAACCGACAACAACAUGGAGCUGACAUCCUGGCCUAUGAUCCAAGCCAUAAAUCAAAAAAACUAUUACACAGACUAUCUCAAACGAGACGAACAAAUACUGGCCUUCCGAUCGCAGCAGGAGGAAGCCCGCAACAAAAUGGUGAAACAAGCCAAAGACAGGGACAGGGCACUCGCACAAGGCAAAACAGUCGGGCCUGAUGGGGACAUCGAAAUGGAGGAUGGUGAAGAAGAGGCCGAAGACGAAGCUUCAAGCGGAGCAAAGACGAUUGUUAUCCACAUCGGGUCCCAGAAUCUAAGAGUUGGUCUUGCCAACGACGCUCUACCAAAGACCGUUCCCAUGGUCAUCGCGCGCCGAUCGGCUAAAUCUGAGAGCGAGGAGGGAGAUGGAGAACCAGCGCCUAAAAGAGCCAAAUUGGACAAUGGCUUACCGCCACCAGAACCAGAGAAGCGUUUUGGCGAGGACUUUGCAAAGAAGUUUUCGGCAAUGUCUCAGGAUCUCAAAGUCCGGAUGAGAAUGAACAAGAGAAAGGUGUUGCCGCAGUCCAGAGACAUGGUCACCAGCUACAACCGUCGCAAUACAUACGAAACUAUAACGGAGCACAAUGACACCAUGCGUAUUGAGUGGACAGAUACCACAGAUGGUUUGAGCGGUCCUCCCGAAUAUAUCACCGGCAAAGCCGCUCUGCGGAUCCCAGAUCAGUCAACGCCGCGGUACAAACUGUUCUGGCCCAUUCGAUGUGGGUGGAUCAACGAGCAAGACUACGACUCGAAACGUUUCUUGUACGAUGACAUCCGCAUCAUUAUCGAAGACGCCAUCAAAUCUCAACUUGAACUGAAACUCCGCACCCGGGCAGACUGGAACCAAUAUAGCUGCGUCAUCGUCAUCCCCGACUACUACGAGAGAACAUACGUAACAAGCCUGCUUGAAUUGGCUAUAGCAGAGUUCGGGUUUGGACGAGUCUGCUUCAUUCAGGAAAGUUUGGCUGCUUCCUUCGGCGCCGGUUUUACGACUUGCUGCAUUGUCGACAUCGGCGCCCAGAAGACCACGAUAUCGUGUGUUGAAGACGGAAUGGUUAUUGACAACUCCCGAGUCAACCUGAAAUACGGCGGAAGGGACAUCACGGAAACAUUUGUUAAAAUGAUCAUUUACAACCACUUCCCAUAUUCAGAGAUCAACUUAAACCGACGAUAUGAUUUUCAGCUGGCAGAAGAGCUGAAGCAAAAGUAUUGCACCAUGACCGAGGCAGAUGUGUCGGUACAAUUGUAUGACUUUCAUUUGCGUGCGCCGGGACAGGACACCAGGAAGUACACAUUCAAGAUCUACGACGAAGUUGUCCUCGCCCCAAUGGGACUUUUCAAACCUCAAAUCUUCGAUAACAGUGGGAAACUCAAUGGUCGUCGUAAACUCGUCGACAAAUCCUACGACAUCUACGACGGCAAACCAAACGAUCCGAGCUCGACCGCGCAAGCAGAGAUCCUGACAGCUAUUGCUCCGGAAGAAGUUCUCACCUCGACAAACAAGCCUGCCACCAAGGCCAACGGACACACUAAUGGCGUUCUCACCAAUGGAACAGCGACAAAAGACGAAGCAUUCAAUAAUGACUCCCGCCGUCCAUCUUUCAGCAACAUAAAGGAAAUGGAUGCAACACCACAACCAUCAGCUGCAAGCUCUCCGGCCCGCAACUUGGCGGACGGCACACCACAACCAGGGGAGGAGAACGAAGGCGGAGCUCCACGUGAUGAGAAGCCUCCUGUCCCCGAAGUGGAGGAAGAAGAACCCCUCUCCAUUGAACGCCGCGACGACAUUCUCCCCAUCUACCCUCUCCCUAACGCAAUCGUCACCUCCAUUACCCACGCAGCUAGAGGCUCCUCCCAGAAGACAUCCGAUCUCCUCUCUGGCAUCAUGCUUACGGGUGGCACAUCUAUGAUUCCCGGACUCGGUUCGCAUUUGGAAGAGAGUCUAAAGGGGAUACUACCCGGCUACAGCAAGGACAUUCUGAUCGGACGACCACCGAGGGAAUUAGACCCGCAAGUUGUGGCGUGGAAGGGCGGCGCGGUCUUUGGCAGGAUGAAUCGCACCAAUGAUAGUUGGAUCAAUGCUUUUUUGUAUGAGAGGUUAGGUGAGCGGAUUUUGGCGCAUAAGCUAAUGUGGGCAUGGUAA